AUGGAACGCUAUAGGAAGAUAGAAUUAAAGGGAAAAGGUAGUUAUGGACAAGCUAUAUUGGUUUAAAAUAAAUAGGAUAGAAAAUUUUAUAUCAUGAAGAUAAUAGAUGCGUCUAAAUUCGACAUCAAAGAAAAAGAAAAUGCACUUAAUGAAAUAGAUGUGUUGAAGAAUUUGCAUCAUCCCUGCAUUAUUGAAUACAGAGAAUCUUUUGUAGACAGAAAUAAAUAUUUGUGUAUUGUCAUGGAUUAUGCAGAAGAAGGAACAUUACAUCAAAGACUUGAAUAACAAAAAUAAAAAUAGGAACAUUUGAAAGAGUCAUAAAUUAUAGAUUGGUUCACAUAAAUUUGUCUGGCUGUCAAAUACAUCCACGAUAGACGAAUCAUACAUAGAGAUAUCAAAACUCAAAAUAUUUUCAUUUCAAAAGGAGAAAUAAAGCUAGGUGAUUUUGGAAUCGCUAAAUCAUUAAUCAAUUCUGAAGAUCUUUGCUAAACUGCUAUAGGAACUCCAUACUAUAUCAGUCCAGAAGUAUGUUAAAGAAUACCUUAUGACUUUAAAUCAGACAUUUGGAGUUUAGGUUGCAUGCUAUAUGAAAUGAUGGCAUUAAAACAUGCAUUUGAUGCAAAAACUAUGGAAGGUCUAUUUUUGAAAAUUAUCAAUGGAAAAUAUUAACCUGUGCCUACAUUUUAUUCCUAAGAACUGAUUUAAUUAUUGAAGGAUAUAUUAAAUACAGAUCCUUAGAAAAGACUUACUAUCAAUCAGAUAUUAGAUUAUAGAAUAGUUAGAAAAUCCAGGAAUGAAUUUUUGCAAAGAAAAACUUAUAAUUUACAAAAGAUUCAAUUUAUUUCAGGAUAAAUCAAUAAAUAUGAGAAGCACUCUGAAAAAAUAAGACAUUAUUAGAGUGAAUAAAAGUUUGUUGGUGAAUCCCUAGCAGAUUAAAUUGAAAAAAUGAGAAUGGAUCUUGAAGAAUAAUUGGGAGUUGAAAAAUUUAUCCUAAUUUACAAUUCACUAAUUAGAAAAAUGAGGAAGAUCCUCCAAAGUGUUGUGAUGAGAAUACAUUAGAUAAAAUUAACUAACUACUUGGGUUAGAACAAUUAAUAUUUUGAUUUUUCUUUAUAUUAAAUAUACUUCCAAUUUUAUUUUAACCAAUCAAUUCUUAAUUGGAUUUAUAUCUUAUAUUAUGUUGAGCAGAUUCAAAUUAUUAAAUAUGUUAUUUUAAUUUUUAAAAAAUAGAUAAGUUUUAAAGAUCAUUCAUUAUUAUUAUUUGAUUAACAGAUUAAAUUUCGAUAGUUCAUUAAUAGUCAUUGA